AUGUUCUCACGCUGUGUCAGCUCGCCGUUUCAUACGUCUCGCAUCCCGUCCUCCCUAACCUCGACCGCCGCGCGCCACUGCCGGAGCUCAGGGUUGAAUUCGCGGGUUGACGGUCGGAGAUACAUUUCGGCAUACGGAUAUAUACAAGCCAAAGCGCUGGUCUACUCUAAAUACGGAGAACCAAAAGAUGUCCUGAAACUUCACAAGCAUUCGGUUUCCGCUCCCAAUGGGACGCAGGUCAACCUCCGCCUCAUUGCGGCGCCGCUGAACCCCGCCGAUGUAAACCAGAUUCAAGGUGUAUACCCAAGCAAGCCCCUUUUUGAGACGACCCUUGGUACACCAGAGCCCUCCGCUAUCGGCGGUAACGAGGGCGCGUUCGAGGUUAUUGGGACUGGGUCCGAGGUCAAAGAUCUCACAAAGGGUGACUGGGUUAUCAUGAAGCGUACGGGACAGGGUACAUGGCGCACACACGCUCAGAUGGACGAGUCGCAAUUGAUUAAGAUUGAGGACCAGACAGGACUCAGUCCAUUACAAGUCAGUACCGUUAGUGUGAACCCUGUUACCGCAUACCGGAUGAUCAAGGACUUUUGCGACUGGGACUGGAUGCGCGCUGGGGAGGAAUGGCUCAUACAGAAUGGCGCAAACAGUGGCGUCGGCCGUGCUGCUAUCCAGCUCGGGAGAGAAUGGGGCAUCAAGACAAUCAAUGUUGUUCGUGAACGCAAUACGCCAGAAGAGACUGAGGCCUUGAAACAAGAGCUGAAAGACCUAGGAGCCAAUGUGGUGGUCACUGAGUCUGAGCUGCUCUCUGGUGAAUUCAAGAACAUCGUCAAGGAAGUCACUAAGCAAGGCAAAGAACCCAUUCGGUUGGCUCUGAACUGUGUUGGUGGGAAAAACGCCACUGCCCUGGCGAAGGUUCUGGCGCCGGGCUCACAUAUGGUUACAUAUGGCGCGAUGUCAAAGCAGCCUGUCGCUUUACCUUCUGGCCUUCUGAUCUUCAAGAACCUGGUGUUUGAUGGCUUCUGGGUAAGCAGAUGGGGCGACAAAAACCCACAACUCAAAGAAAACACAAUCAAAGAUAUCCUGCAAUUAACUCGAGCAGGAAAGUUCAAGGAUAUUCCCGUGGAAGAAGCUAAAUGGAGCUGGGACACCGAAGGCUACGAACUUGCAACAGCUGCGCAGGGAACUCUCAGUGGAUACAGGGGCGGGAAGGGCCUGCUCACGUUUGUUGAUUAG